AUGCGGUUCAACACGAGAACGUUGUCCGCUUCCUCCCUCCUCCUAUGCACCCUGCCGUCUCUGUCCGCUGCUUUCUAUCUACCCGGCGUAGCUCCCACUUCCUACGAUGAAGGCCAAUCCGUUCCGUUGUACGUCAACCAUCUGACGCCGGGGCUAGCCCAGCAAGAUGACCAGCUGCACUCGGUGUUCUCCUUCGACUACUACCACCAGGCGUUCCACUUCUGCGCGCCGGAGGACGGACCAAAAGAUGUUCGAGAAUCGUUAGGAAGUAUUCUGUUUGGCGACCGGAUCCAGACGUCUUCGUUCGAGCUGGCAAUGGCCAAGAACGAGACGUGCAAGUCCGUGUGUCGAGAGGUCCAGUUCGACUCCCGCAGCGCCAAGUUCACCAACCGCCGCAUCGCGCAGGGAUACAACAUCAAUUGGCUAGUGGAUGGUCUGCCGGGAGCGCAGAUCAACAUCGACUCGGGCACCGAUACCAAGUUCUAUAGCCCCGGUUUCGCGCUCGGUACCUUGGACGAGAACGGAGUGUCGCUUUUGCACAACCACUACAACAUCUACAUCGACUAUCACCGCGUGGGCUUCGGCAACAAGGACAAGUUCCGGGUGGUCGGCGUGCUCGUCAAGCCGGAAUCGCGAGGCAACUCUCACGUGCUCGAAGAUGGCGCGGCGGACUGUGGCAGCAACGAGACCCCCGUCGUUCUGAACGAGGAGGGCGACACUCCGGUGAGCUGGACCUACAGCGUCUACUGGACCGAGUCGACCACGCCGUGGGCCACUCGCUGGGACAAGUACCUGUACGUCGAGGACCCGAAGAUCCACUGGUUCUCGCUCAUCAACUCGGCCAUCUUCGUCGUCUUCUUGGUCGGCAUGGUCAGCAUGAUCCUCGUGAGAGCGCUGAAGAAGGACAUUGCGCGGUAUAACAGACUGGAUAUGAUCAACCUGGACGAUCUGGACGGCACGUCUGCUGCCGUGGAGGACGGCAUCCAGGAAGAUUCCGGAUGGAAGCUGGUCCACGGAGAUGUUUUUCGCUGCCCUCGAUCGCCGUUGUUGUUGAGUGUUCUUGUCGGCAACGGCGCUCAGCUCUUCAUGAUGACCGGUGUCACCGUUAUCUUUGCUCUUCUCGGACUGCUGUCCCCCUCUAACCGCGGGUUCUUGGCUACGGCCAUCCUUCUCAUCUACACGUUGUUCGGCUUCAUCGGUGGAUACGUGUCGGCCCGUGUGUACAAGUCGUUCGGCGGAGAGUCGUGGAAGCGCAACAUCAUCAUGACUCCCGUUUUGGUUCCCGGACUCAUCUUUAGCGUUUUCUUCCUGCUCAAUCUGUUCGUCUGGGGCAAGGGAUCCAGCGGCGCCGUUCCGUUCACCACGAUGCUCGCCUUGGUUCUUAUCUGGUUUGUCAUCAGCGUGCCGUUGAGUUUUGCGGGCAGCUGGCUUGGAUUCAAGCAACAGGCCGUUGAAGGACCGACCAAGACCAACCAGAUUCCACGCCAAGUGCCCCCGAUGACCGGCACCCUGCGAACCGUUCCGUCGUUGCUGCUGACCGGUGUCCUGCCUUUCGCGGCUAUCUUCGUGGAGCUGUACCUCAUCACCAAGUCACUCUGGACCAACCGCAUCUACUACAUGUUUGGCUUCCUGUUCCUGUGCUACGGACUGAUGGUGAUCACCUCGGCCGCCACGACGGUGUUGCUGGUGUAUUUCCUGCUGUGCGCCGAGAACUACCGGUGGCACUGGCGAGCGUUCGCGGGCGCCGGCAUGACCGGGGCCUUCGUCUUCCUCAACGCCCUUCUUUUCUGGGCGACUCGCGUCAGCUUCGGCGGUUUCACGGGGGCAGUGCUGUAUCUCGGAUACUCGGCUUUGAUUUCAUUUAUUGUGUUCAUUUUGACCGGCUCGAUUGGAUUCUUUGCUAGCUGGGCGUUUGUGCAACGCAUCUACGGUUCGAUCAAGGUCGAUUAA